AUGCGCACAAAUUACGAGCACGCAGCAGUCGUCGGCCUUGUGGUGAUCGACUUGGCAGACCUGCAAAGCACGUCUCGCCGACUUUUGGAUACUACCGCGCGGGCCCGCACGUGUGUUGGGUGUGACCAACAAAUCAGCCAAGCAGCCAAGAAGCCAAGUUCCACGACCCUCGCACACUUCUCGAAGAAUCGAACGGACAGCUUGUCCGCUGACCGUUUUGAUCCCCGGACCGCUGAAAUGUCCGUUCUCUGGUUUGCGGUCCCUCCGAUUGGUUGUUUAUUCUUCCAUCACGCCUUUGAGCUGGAGUGA